AUGCCCUCCCAACCCACAAACUCAGGCAUCGUCACGGACGAGUCCUCUGGCGAGCGCCACAUCCCCGAAUCCGUCCGUGCCGACGGCUCCACCCGCCGGGCCAUCAAGAUCAAGCCCGGCUAUCGGCCGCCAGAGGAUGUCGAGGUCUACAAGAACCGCACGGCCGAGGGCUUCCGCAGCCGUGCCGCCAAGGGGGGCGUGAUCGGUGCAGAAGCGGCGGUCACAGACGACACCAAGGCCGCCGGCUCUGCCGCCGCGAAUAAGAAUGCCAAGCGGCGAGAGGCGCGGAAGAAGGCCAAGGCUGCUGACGAGAACGCCACGCCAAAGGGGGAAGCAGACAAGGUGAACGGCGCCGCAGCAGAGGAAGUGAAGGGGGAGGAUGGGCGUCCUGCCGAGACGGCGCUGGCCCCUGAGGCGGAGCGCGAAAAGAAGGCCAGGAAUCUAAAGAAGAAGCUCAAGCAGGCCCGCGAGCUCCAGGACAAAAAGGAGGGCGGGCAGGCGCUGCUUCCAGAGCAGAUCGCAAAGGUCAUCAAGAUCAAUGAGCUCGUGAGGGAGCUGGCCGCGCUGGGGCUCGACUCGGAAGGCGAGCCGAUCAACAAGGAGGACGAGGCGCCGGAGAGUGGUUCUAUGGAGGAGAAGGCGCCUGCCUGA